UAAGAUAUUAUGAUAAAUAAUAUAUUAUAAUUCUAGUGCAUGAUAAUUAUUAGUAAUAUACUCAAUACUUAUAAUAUACUUUUUUAAUUUCUACAUACUAGUGACAAGGCCCAACAGGCCUUAAUUUUAAUUUAAAAAUGGAAAAACCACAAAAAAUUCCAAAAGUCGCCAAGGUGAAAAAUAAAGCUCCCGCGGAGAUACAAAUCACUGCAGAGCAGCUGUUAAGAGAAGCAAAGGAGCGUGAUCUUGAAAUUGUACCACCUCCUCCCAAACAAAAAAUAUCUGAUCCGAUAGAACUAAGAGAUUAUCAACAUAGAAAACGACGUGCAUUUGAAGAUAAUAUUCGAAGAAACCGUACAAAUAUAAGUAAUUGGAUAAAAUACGCUGCUUGGGAAGAGAGUCAGAAAGAAAUUCAAAGGGCUCGAUCGAUCUAUGAAAGAGCAUUAGACACAGACCACCGAAAUAUAACACUAUGGUUAAAAUACGCCGAACUAGAAAUGAGACAUCGACAAGUGAUGCAUGCCAGAAAUCUAUGGGAUCGUGCUGUUGUCAUCAUGCCUCGUGCAAAUCAAUUUUGGUACAAAUACACGUAUAUGGAAGAGAUGUUGGGAAAUGUUGCAGGAGCUAGAGCAGUAUUUGAACGAUGGAUGGAAUGGGAACCCCCAGAACAAGCUUGGUUGACUUAUAUMAAAUUUGAAUUGCGCUACCAUGAAGUUGAUCGUGCAAGAAAAAUCUAUAAUAGUUUUGUUAUGGUACAUCCAGAUGUCACUAACUGGAUAAGAUAUGCUAGAUUUGAAGAACAGAACGGCUUUAUUUCCGGUGCAAGAAGUGUAUUUGAAAAAGCAAUUGAAUUUUUUGGUGAUGAUCAUAUUAGUGAAAAUUUGUUUAUUGCAUUUGCAAGAUUUGAGGAACGACAAAAAGAAGUAUAUUUGAAAUUAGUAGAGAGCGAAGGAAAUUUAGAAGUUAUUCGAGAUACAUAUGAACGAGCUGUUGCCAAUAUACCCCCUUCAAAUGAAAAGCAUGCAUGGCGUCGUUAUGUUUAUUUGUGGAUAAAUUAUGCUUUGUUUGAAGAGCUAGAAGCUGAAGAUGAAGAACGUACUCGUGAUGUUUACCAGACCUUUAUUUCUACUAUACCUCAUAAAAUAUUCACAUUUUCAAAAGCUUGGUUAUAUUAUGCWCAAUUUGAGAUACGUCACAAAAAUUUAACUGCUGCAAGAAAGCGAAUGGGUGUUGCAUUAGGUUUAUGUCCCAGAGAUAAACUGUUUAGAGGCUAUAUUGAUUUAGAAAUACAACUUAGAGAAUUUGAAAGAUGUCGUAUACUAUAUGAAAAGUAUUUAGAAUUUGGACCAGAAAAUUGUGUUACUUGGAUUCGAUUUGCAGAAUUAGAAACAGUAUUGGGUGAUAUAGAUCGUGCUAGAGCUAUUUAUGAAUUAGCUGUAAACCAACAACGAUUAGAUAUGCCAGAAGUUCUAUGGAAAUCGUUCAUAGAUUUUGAGACAUUACAAGGAGAGACAGAAAAAGCUAGAAAGUUAUAUGAAAGACUACUAGAAAGAACUAAUCAUUUCAARGUGUGGAUGAGUUAUGCGCAAUUCGAAGCUUCUUCACAAGAGGAAGGUAUUGAUAGUGUAUCAGUAGCAAGAAGAGUAUUUGAAAGAGGUAAUGAAGCACUAAGAAGAGGUGGUACACCAGAAGAAAGAGAAGGAAUUUUACAAGCAUGGUUUAAAUUUGAAGAAGAAAAUGGAGAUGAAGAUAGUAUAACUAAAGUUAAGAAUAUGUUGCCAAAGAGAAUUAAAAAACGAGUGCCUUAUACUUCCGAAAGUGGACGAGACAAAGGAUGGGAAGAGAAAAUAGACUAUAUUUUCCCCGAGGAUGAUGCUGCAAGACCAAACCUUAAGCUUUUAGAAACUGCUAAAGCAUGGAAGAAAAGGAAAUUAGAAGAAUCAUAAAUAAUUAAGCAAUCAAURUCUAAUCUUCUAUUAUUUAAUAAUAUAAAUUACUUAUUACAAUUURUUGGU